UUUCGUAAAGAGUAAUAUAUGCUUCAUAGUGUGCGAGAAUACGCAAACUUCGGAUUCUAUAAAAGUAAUUUUGAACGAAGAAAUCGAGGAGAAAGAAAAGUUCUUACCUUCUCUUUCUUUUUUCUGUCUCUUUGACUUGUUCGUUUGACUUUGUCUUAGCAAGAUUCGCAAAUAGGUAACAAGGUAGCUAACAGAACUUUGUAAGCCUACGCGGGUUUUGAUUGCACUAUAGGAUAUAGGCAUCAUCGUCGGAUUCAAAUAAGGGAUAUCGAGCGAGUUACCCGCUUUUCCUCUACCAACAACAAAAUACGUUGAAAGGACCCAAGUUGAUUAGAAAACAGCAAGUAGGAUAUGUUCAAAACAGCAGUUAGGAGGUCAUCAGUAUUUCAACCUUUAAAAUAUGGUGGAAAGUACACGGUAACUCUGAUUCCAGGCGACGGUACCGGAAAAGAAACUACCAAAUCGGUUGCAUCUAUCUUCAAGGCUGCUAAUGUCCCGGUAGAAUUUGAAGAGAUCGAUGUGACGGGAAUGGACAAAACAGACAAGCCGACAGAAGUAGCUUUGCAUGAAGCAAUUCAAUCCUUGAACCGGAAUAAGGUUGGUUUGAAGGGAAUCUUUUAUACUCCUUCAGAACGCGACGGACACACAUCUUUUAAUGUUGCUUUGCGCAAAGAAUUGGACCUUUUUGCGUCUUUGUCGCACAUAAAGAACAUCCCAGGAGUAAAGACUCGUCAUAGCGGUGUUGACUUCUCUCUUAUCCGUGAAAAUACUGAAGGUGAGUACUCCGGUUUAGAACAUCAAUCCGUUCCAGGAGUGGUAGAGUCUCUUAAAAUUAUCACUGAACCAAAGUCGAAGCGUAUUGCCCAAUUUGCUUUCGACUAUGCCCUUAAAAAUAACAGAAAGACCGUUACUUGUAUUCACAAAGCCAAUAUUAUGAAACUGGCUGAUGGUCUUUUCCGUAAAACCUUCUACAACACCGCCGCUGGCUACGAGUCCAUUACCGCUAAUGACUUGAUCGUUGACAAUGCUUCUAUGCAGGCCGUCUCUCGCCCUCAACAAUUCGAUGUGCUUGUCACUCCCAACUUGUACGGCAGCAUCUUGAGUAACAUUGGCAGUGCCCUCGUUGGUGGCCCCGGUGUUAUCCCCGGUGCUAAUUUUGGACAUGAGCAUGCCCUUUUUGAACCUGGCUGUCGUCAUGCUCAAUUGAACAUCUCGGGACGUAAUGAAGCCAAUCCUACCGCCAUGAUACUUAGUGCUUGCAUGAUGCUUCGUCAUCUUGGUUUGAAGGAGUAUGCCGAUUUGAUUAAUGCUGCCACUUAUUCUGUUAUCGAGGACGGAAAGGUUGUCACCAAAGACUUGAACGGAACUGCUAACACUGAGGAAUUCACUCGUGCUAUUUUGGAGAGAAUGGAGAGACUUUGAGUUCUUUUCCUGUUCUUUAUGCCUAUGUAUAUCUCUCAUUUGUUUGCAAUGCAUUCAGUAGUUGCAAAACUUGCUCAUUUAUGUAAAUGGAUUUCCCCUCUCUUCUUUAUCUCAUCAAGCGUUUCUAGUCAAGAAAGCUAGGUUUAAAUCUUUGAUUUAUUGUCCCCUACUUUUCCAUUAUGUCCACUAUUACCUAGUUACUUUGUUUAACAUGAAAAAGUAAUAUUGGACUGAUAACUCUCGUAAAUUUUCUUGUCUUUUUCUAUGAAUUCACUAUUUUCAAUGCCCUGAAUGCCCGAUACGGUUGACUUUAAAAUAAAAUGUAGAAUCUUUUAUAUAUAGCUUUGCUUCUUGUAUGAUUGUCGAGUUUUCUUUUUC